AUGAAGAUCGAAAUUGUCGUUGCUCCUAAUGCUGGUCCAAUUACUCAGCGUAUUGGUGGAAUCAAUGAAUCUCGUCCAUCCACACGUGGUACUGGAGGAAGUCGUGGCACUUCCACAAGAGGUCGAGGUCGCGGAAGUCGCAGAGCUGAUAAUAGACCAAAAAAGACACAAGAAGAAUUGGAUGCUGAGAUGAGCGAAUAUAUGCAGAUUGAUGAGGAAGCAAAUCAAGCUGGUGAUUCUUCUACUACUCAAUUGACACAAUGA